UUCAGCUUCCUCAACAUGGCAGCGCCCUUGUCAGUGGAGGUGGAGUUCGGAGGUGGUGCGGAGCUCCUGUUCGACGGUGUAAAGAAACAUCAGGUCACCUUGCCUGGACAAGAGGAGCCCUGGGACAUCCGGAACCUCCUUGUCUGGAUCAAGAAGAACUUGCUAAAAGAGCGGCCAGAGCUGUUCAUCCAGGGAGACAGUGUGCGGCCAGGAAUUCUGGUGCUGAUUAACGAUGCCGACUGGGAACUGCUGGCCACCAGAUGGGCUCCUGAGACCCUCCCCCAGCAAAAGGCUGCCUGCAGCUCAUUCUGGAGAAGAGGAAGUAGGCUUAACCUUGGACUGGCAAAUAGAAGCCUGGGAGAGUCGGCGUGCCUCAGUUUCCUCCUCAACAAGAACUGAAUAAUUACAGUGUCUGAAAACGGGACUGAUACUAAUGGUCACAAGUGUAGGCUUUAUCUCCCUUCCCACCUCCUGCAAGAAGCAGGAUGGGGGCAGGCAGCACCUGGUAGGCAGGGUGGUUCACCCCUCCUCCCUCCAUGCCUUCUGGAAGUCUUGGGGCCUCAGUGCCUGCAACAGCUGGCCUUGGGCAAAUAAAAGACUAGGUUGUUUACUAGCCUUGCCUGGAGCUUUAUCCUUAGAAACCAAUGGCACCCUGCAUCCCCUUAGCCAUGAUCUGGUCCAACCUCUCUGCCUCCGCCCAGGGCUUUCAGAGCUCUUCACCCAAAAGGGGGGAAGGGUUGAAACCCAGACUACCCAGCCUGUCUUGGAGGGGGUAAUCUGGCAGAGUGUCUGGAGAAAGGGAUGGCAGAGCCAGUCUCUGCUGACCAGUCUGGGUCCCAGGAAACACUUCCUCACAUGUCUGUCCGAGGCCGGGCUUUGUCCCACCAGCUGCAGCCAGCAG